GGGAAGUUGCUCAAUAUCGGACAUUCACUGAACUGUUUUUGGUCGUAUUUCCAGUAUUCCCCUGUAAGAGUCCACACAAUGGACGACAAUAAACAACCAAAAGGGCGUUUUAAGUUUUACGCCAUAUCGGUAAAAGCGUAGGAAUAAAGGUAAACGUAAGUUGUGUCCGAUUUUGUUCUUUAAAAUGAGUAAUUCGGUAACUUCCGCUACUUACAUCCGCAACCUCAGCUAUAGUUUACGUCGCCAGUUGUCCGACUUUUUGGAUCCUCAUGACAGGUGGAAAGAUGUUAUUGUGUCCAUACGGAAGCCGGGAGGGGAUUAUAGAUACUCUCAGCAUCAUGUGAGGAGAUUUGAAGGCCUGGUGGCUCAGGGUAAGAGUCCCACAGUGGAGCUGCUGGCUGACUGGGGGACCACCAACAGCACCGUGGGUGAACUUGUGGACAUCUUAAAGAGUAACAAGUUACUGGCUGCUGCUUGUCUGUUGCUACCUGACACACUGAAGGAGUCUAUCCCCGUCGUGGCUCAGCCAUCAUCAGCAGUCGUACAGACAUACAGCUCUCGUCCUACAAGAAUCCUCGAAGAGAGAGAAGCACAGCCUCCAUCUUUAAGCUCUGAGCUGCAAACACAGCCUCUGCUGGAAAGCACUGAACCAGGCCAAACAGCUUGCUCCAGCUUCCUGUACCAUGAGCUGAUGAGGAUUACAGGAAACUUUGACGACCGCUCCAUAUCAGAUGGAGGCUGCAGACUGGGAGAGGGGGGCUUUGGCACUGUAUACAGGGGUCUCCUGAAUGACAAGCCUGUUGCCAUCAAAAAACUCAAUCCAAUGGAUGACAUCUCCAUUGAUGAGCUGCGGGUUCAGUUCAACCAAGAGAUCCAGACUCUGAGAGCGUUGAAACAUGACAACUUGGUCGACAUGGUUGGAUUUUCCUGUGAUGGUCAGCAUCCAUGUCUGGUGUAUGCCCUCAUGUCCAAUGGCUCUCUGCUAGAUCGACUAGCUUGCUUGGAUGGAAGUCUUCCACUUUCUUGGCGACAGAGAUGUUUGAUAGCUGAAGGGGCAGCGAGAGGAUUGGAGUAUCUGCAUAACAACCAUCAUGUCCACAGAGAUAUUAAAAGUGCAAAUAUCCUGUUGGAUGAAAAAUUUGUCGCAAAGAUCUCUGACUUUGGCCUGACGAGAGCAUCCCCCAAGAAAACUUCGACAACCAUGAUGACAGAGAGGAUUGUGGGUACCCGUGCAUAUAUGGCACCAGAGGCGCUGAGGGGAGAGAUCACAGCGAAAUCCGACGUCUUCAGCUUUGGAGUGGUGUUGUUAGAAAUAUUGUCUGGACUCCCGCCAGCCGCUGAAAACCAGGAGCCACAGUUUCUGAUGGAUAUAAGGUACGAUAUAGAUGAUGAAGAUGAGGAAAUUACUUUGGAGGACUUCCUGGACAAAAAGAUGGGAGACUGGGAGCUGAGCCAGGUGCAGAGUUUUUACUCUUUGGCCUCUAACUGUCUCCAUGACAGGAAAAACAGACGUCCCGUCAUCAAGCAGGUCCUGAUGGAGAUUAAAGGAGUUGUCAAAAAUAUUUCACUGGAUUAUAUGGGGCAGAUGUGAAACUUCCCUGAGAUUUCUGAAGCUCGCUGAGGUCAAAGUGCAAAAAGCUGACUGAAAUCUAUUCCUCAAGAGAUUGAAGAAUCAAUGCUUAUUAUUUGCUGACUGUCUCAGAGGUAUAUUUGAAUCAGUAUUGUUUUUAACUGAUUUACCUUAUUUUUUAAGUAUAAAGCUAUUCUUUUUUACAUUUCAAUGGAAA